AUGGACCUACCGGGGAACCGCCCAGUCUCUGGGCGGACUACGACCACGCCGCCGCGACCGACCUCUCCGCCUUCUGGCCGCCGCCGGCCACCCCCUCCGCCGGCGCCGGCGCCGCCGCUCAGUCAGGAGUCGCUGCAGCGGCGGCUCCAGGCCCUGAUCGAGGGGGCUCGCGGGAGGGACGGGGAAGAAGGGGCCGGGGGGCCCGCCGCGGCGUGGACCUACACCAUCUUCUGGCAGUCCUCCGGCGACUACUCCGGCCCCGUCCUCGGGUGGGGGGAUGGGUAUUACAAGGGCGACGGCAGAGCCAGGAGCAGGGGCUCCGCUUGCUCUCAGGCCGAGCAGGAGCACCGGAAGAAGGUCCUCCGCGAGCUCAAUUCGCUGAUUUCCGGGGCCCCGCCCGCCGACGACGCGGUCGAGGAGGAAGUGACCGACACCGAGUGGUUCUUCCUGGUCUCCAUGACCCAGUCGUUCGCCGGCGGCGUCGGGUUGCCCGGUCGGGCCUACUUCAGCUCGAAUCCCGCGUGGGUCACGGGGGCCGAGAGGUUGGGGAAUUGCGGGUGCGAUAGGGCCCGGCAGGCGCAGAUCUUCGGGUUGCAGACCAUCGCGUGCGUCCCUGUUUUGAACGGUGUGGUCGAACUGGGUUCCACCGAGCCGAUCUACCAGAGCUCCGAUCUGAUUAGCGGAAUUAGGGGGCUGUUCAAUUUCCAUGAAUCGGAGAUGGGAUGCGGUGGUAGGGUUUUGAAUAGCGAGCAUGACCCGGCGUCGCUUUGGAUCUGCGAUCCGCCAGUCACGAUGGAGAUUAACGAUCGUCCUAUGACAUUUCAGAUAGAGAACCCCAGCUCGAGCAGUCUUACCGAAAGCCCCAGCGCGAUCUGCGCGAUAAAUGAUCAGCAGAGCGGCCAAAACCAGCAGCAGAAUGAGGGGUUUUUCGCGAAAGAGUUGAACUUUGCGGAGUACGCGAUUAAUUCGAGUAGCAGGAGCAAUAAUGGAGAUUCUCAUCCUAUGAAGCCGGAAUCUGUUGAAGUACUGAAUUUCGGAGAUAGUGGGAGCGGAAGGUUGCUUUCGAGUCAUUCACAGGUCGCAGUUGCAGGGGAGACCGCGAAGAAGAAGAAGAGGUCGGCUACUUCAAUCGGCAGCAAUGAAGAGGAGAUGAUGUCCUUCACUUCUGGAGUGAUUGUGCCCUCUUCAGGAAUGUUGAAAUCAGUCAGUGGAGCAGGGGAUUCGGAUCAUUCAGAUGUCGAAGCCUCAGUGGUCAAGGAAGCUGAGAGCAGCAAAGUCGUGGAACCUGAAAAGAGGCCAAGGAAGCGGGGUAGAAAACCUGCCAAUGGGAGGGAGGAGCCUCUGAACCACGUCGAGGCGGAGAGGCAGAGGAGGGAGAAGCUUAAUCAGAGGUUUUACGCCCUCAGGGCCGUGGUUCCAAAUGUAUCAAAGAUGGAUAAGGCUUCACUGCUCCAAGAUGCGGAGUCUUAUAUCAGGGAGCUUAACAUGAACCUACAAGCUGCAGAGUCUGAUAAGGAGGAUUUGAAGAAGCAGUUGGAUGAACUAAAGAAGCGAUCAUCGGAUAAAGAAUGUAUCCCGGUGGAUCAAGAUCGCAAGAUGGCAAAACCUACGGGAAGUAGGUCCACUGGGGUGGCAAUCGAUGUGAAGAUAAUGGGUUGGGAUGCAGUGGUUCGAGUAGAGAGCGGCCGGAAGGAUCAUCCUGCAGCAAGGUUAAUGGUGGCUCUUCAAGAAUUGAACUUGGAGUUGCAGCAUGCUAGUGUUUCUGUGGUGAACGAGCUCAUGAUCCAGCAAGCCACAGUUAAGAUGGGGAGUCAGUUGUACACUCAGGAGCAGCUCAAGGCAGCUCUAUUGGCCGUAAUCUGAGGAUCUUUGAAGGAUUUCGUUCAAUGCAAGUUGGCAUCGACUAGACAAUGGAAUUGAAGUUUCUCCAUUGAAAGCAAGAACCUGCCCAAUAUUUUCAGGUUCCGGGUGGUGCGAACUCUUUGAACAAUGGGCUUUGUUUAGUUGUGUGGCUUCGUCUGGUAGAUUGAACCCCUAGAUUGCAAGUUGAAGUAAAUACCUAGUUCUAGCAGAUAGUAAUUUUUUUUCCACGUUGAUCUCCUGCCUGUCUUCGAUGUAAAUAGAUGCUCCAAAUUUGAAACUGAUGGGGCCGUUUCCUUAUCCUUUGUUAGCUUGUUCUGCCGUUUGUUGGGUUCAACCAAGAUCAUGUCUCUUGUACACCAAGCAUCCUGUAAUCAAUGCGCAAGUGUGGCGCAAUUAAUUUAAAAUUUGUCUUCCUGUCGAAGUCCCGAGAGUCGAUUUUGGUGAAUGAAGGACUAGUAUCAUGGUUGUGUGA